AUGUUGACCUUAACCGGAAGUGGCUCUGGUAAGGGGCGGGGUCGAGUCCAGCGACUGGAAGUGGCGGCGGCUGUGUGUGGUGGGGGCCCAAUCAUCUCCGCCGGUCCCUCCCCCGCUGGAAGAUGCUCCUGGCCCUCCGCCUCUGCUGCCGCCUGUCCGCCCCCCGCGCCUUCACCACCUCCUGCCCCCACUGGGCGGGACGGCCGGACCCCCAUGCACUGCUGGGCCUAAAGCCGGGGGCGACACAGGAGCAGAUCAAGGAGGCCUUCCUGCGCCUGUCCAAGCAGCUGCACCCUGACACAGACCCCUCCAACCCAGCACUGCACGGCCAGUUCAUCCAGCUGCUGGAGGCCUAUAGGGCACUGAGCCAGGCCGGGCCCCGCCCCCUUCACCAGGCCUGGACCCCACCACGUCCCCCUCCACCACGCCCAGGCCCUGACCCCUGGCAGGCCCCGCCCCCUUACAGAGAGAGCCAGCGGUACUGGGAGCAGUUCCGGACGCCUCCCCCUGGCGGCUUCACGGGCUCCGAGGCUGAGCACAUCCGGCUCUGGAACCAGCGCAUUUUCACCUACUGCAUCCUGCUCAUACUGGGCGGGAUGGCCAUCCACUACUUGGCCUACAGGGAGCUGCAGCAGGCCAACAAGAGGUACAUGGAUGAGAAGGAUGAACGCAUCUCCAGGAUCUACAAGGAGGCCAAGGAGCGUGCCCGGGUCAACGGGCUGCAGAAGCAGCAGGAGCUGCUGGAGCAGAAACACGCGGAGCUGGUGGCCCAGUACCGGCUGCACCACGGCAGGGCACCCCCCUGGGCGUGACACUGCGCACGGCCCCACACGUGUGUCUGUGCUGGGAAAUAAAGCCCUGCUGCCAAA